AUGGGAUUCGGUUCUCUUAUUCCCACAGAGAAUGAGAGGUCCCUCAUGGAACGUGUGGCUACGAAGACUGAGUCAAAUAAAGUUGCAGGGAAUGCCAUUUUAUAUGAAUGUGUUCAAACAAUAAUGAGCAUUGAAGAUAAUGGUGGCUUACGUGUACUUGCCAUUAAUAUCCUGGGAGGAUUCUUGCCAAACCGUGACAACAAUAUCAGGUUUAUUUCUGCUCAUUGCUUCUCUUUCAUAAGUGGAGUUCUAAAUCUGGCCAUGGUUGAGAGUGUGGACAAUCAGAAGAUAGCAAAUCAUCUUGACCAUAUGGUAUCAACCCUUGGAAGAAAUCCUCUGAAGGUUUUGGUGCAAGUAAAUACGAGUGGAGAAGAAUUUAGCCUGUUUUCCAUAGUCUUGCUUUGCAUAACAGCAGCUCAAGGGAGGAAAACACUUCACCUUAACAAUGAAUGGCUAACAUCCUUUCCAGAUAUUAAUGAUAUUGAUGGUAUCUGCAAAACACUGGUAGAGACACAAGGUUACUCAUGUGAAGAACAUCAGGUUACCACAGAGGAUGGCUACAUCCUGAGCUUGCAGAGGAUGCCAGCUGGGCGGUCCGGUGAGAAAGCUGACAAGCCGCCCGUGCUAUUACAACAUGGUAUCUUUAGUGAUGCUUCAACAUGGCUGGUAAAUUCUCCAGAUGAAUCAUUGGGAUUUAUCUUAGCAGACAACGGGUAUGAUGUGUGGCUUGCCAAUGUUCGUGGGACAAAAUACAGCAGCGGGCACACAUCGCUUAUUCCUAAUGACACGGCUUAUUGGGAUUGGUCAUGGGAUGAGUUGGCUAGUAAUGAUCUUCCUGCUUUUGUCCAAUAUGUGUACAACUAUACUGGUCAGAGAAUACACCAUGCAAGUCAUUCCUUGGGAACUUUAAUGGCUUUAGCUGCUUUCUCUCAAGGGCAAGUGCUGAGCAUGUUGAGAUCAGCUUCAUUACUUUGCCCAAUUGCUUAUAUGAAUCAGAUUCCAUCAAUACCAACAAAACUUGCUGCAGACACAUUUAUAGCUAAUCAGGACUUGUACUGGUUAGGAAUCCGUGAAUUCAAUCCAAACGGGGGUGGUGCUGCAUCAAAAUUUGUGGAAUACAUCUGCAAUAAACUAAAAUUGAACUGCUCAAACCUAGUGUCACUUGUCACAGGUCCAAACUGCUGCCUAAAUUCAUCCAGCACAGAUAGCUCUAUUGAGCCAACAGCAACUAAGAAUUUGAUCCAUCUAUCUCAAAUGAUCAGAACAGGAAAAAUAGCAAAGUAUGAUUAUUGUGGCCAAGGACAAAAUAUGCAGCACUAUGGACAACCAGUUCCUCCUCUUUAUGACAUGACGGCAAUUCCAAAUGAAUUCCCUCUUUUUCUCAGCUAUGGAGGGCAAGACUAUCUAUCUGAUGUAAAGGAUGUGCAGGUUUUGAUCAAUGACCUCAAAGAUCAUGAUAGGAACAAGCUCGUGGUACUGUUCAAGGAAGAUUAUGCUCACCUUGAUUUUGUUAGGGCUGUCAAUGCUAAACAAAUGAUUUAUGAUCCUAUGAUAUCUUUCUUUAAUGUUAAUUGAUUUUACAAUGAAGCUAUUAUAAAUUGUACUUCAGAUAUUGUAAAUAUUUUUGUUCAUCAAGUUGGCUCAAUAGAAUAUUUUACAUA